AUGCCGGGUCCCAUUGAUCCCGAGACAAUCUACACCAAGCAAACAUGCAUUGGUGGGGGUAGUUUUGGAAAGGUCUACAAGGGUGUUGACCGACGAACCGGAGAAUCAGUUGCUAUCAAAAUUAUCGAUGUCGAGAAUGCCGAGGAUGACGUCGACGAUAUCAUCAAAGAAAUCGCUAUCCUGUCCGAAUUGAAAUCGCCCUAUGUCACGAAGUACCACGGCUCAUACUUGAAGGGAUCGAACCUGUGGAUUAUCAUGGAGUUCUGCUCUGGUGGUAGCUGCCAUGGUCUACUGCGUCCAGGCGUCAUCCAUGAGGAGUAUAUCGCUAUCAUACUGCGGGAACUUCUCCGCGGGCUGGACUAUCUCCACACUGAUCAAAAACUGCACCGAGAUAUCAAAGCCGCGAACGUCCUUUUGAGCGCGAGUGGUCAGGUCAAGCUGGCAGACUUCGGAGUUUCCGGUCAGCUCUCAGCUACCAUGACCAAGAAGAAUACCUUUGUAGGUACUCCUUUCUGGAUGGCCCCUGAAGUCAUCAAGCAGUCUGGAUAUGACUACAAAGCAGACAUCUGGUCAUUGGGUAUCACCGCAAUUGAGCUCGCUUGUGGCGACCCUCCAUAUGCCGAUAUUCACCCUAUGAAAGUACUGUUCUUGAUUCCCAAGAACCCGCCUCCCACGUUGAACGGCAACUUCAGCAAGCUAUUCAAGCAAUUUGUUGAGCUGUGUCUGCGACGGGAUCCCAAGGAGCGACCCUCGGCGAAGGAGCUGCUCGAGCAUCCGUUCGUGAAACGUGCUAAGAGAACUACAUACUUGACCGAAUUGAUUGAGCGCGCUGAGCGUUGGCAAAUCACUCACCGUGGCCAGGGAGAUGAUGAUGAUUAUGAUUAUGACGAGAGGGAGCCAGACCACACGAUGCAGGCUAGAUGCCAAGAUGAUGAAGAUCUUUGGGACUUUGGAACCGUUCGUCCGGCAGGAAAAGCCCAUGCCGUUCCUCUGCGCCCAAUGAAGGAUUCAGACACCAACUCUCGAAGCAAAGAGACAGAAGACUGGGACUUGUGUGAUGAGUCGCCGAAAGAUGCGCCAGCAGCUCUCCAACCUCGUCAACAAACCGCAGUAAACCCCCUUCACAUCUCCCCCUCUAAAACUCCUCUUCCUCCAUCUGCCCCAUCUUCUCCUCUUAAAAAUUCUCCCACACAGUCUUCAUUUUCUCCUCUCAAGUCCAAGGCUCCGUUGCCUCCCAAGCACAAAGACAACUCUCCGUUGAAUGAGCAAUACGCCCAGGCUGUGAUGAACUACGCAGGCGGCCUUGACACACCUCCAUCUUCCAAGCCUUCUGCAAUCCACAACCAAAGCACCCCCACAAAACAAGCCUCCAAAAUCUCUCUCCAAGAAUCUCGCACCCCAUCCGGCCAAGUCUCGCGCAAGCCAACACCUCUUUCCCGUCCUGUCAACGAUCCUUUUUCUUCCCAACCUCAGUCUCCACGUUCCCAUCAUUCCUCCGGCCUCCCAAGACAAACGGAGCCACUGCAGAACGUGAAGCAAGUAUCCGCCCUCAAAUCCAAACGGGCACCAACCAACAUGGACGAACGAUCCAUCAGCUCAACUCCUCCCACCCCAAACGACAGACAGUCCACUCGCCCCCUCCCCGAAACCGAACGCGUAACCGCCUGUGGAGCCGUCGUCCUCCCAGCUCUCCGCGCUGCCAUGGACCGUCGUCGUCGCCACCUCGUCAGCCUCGAGCCUGGUCGCAACCCUAACGGUGCACCAGCCACCCCUGAAGAAGAGAAGCAGUUCGACCGCAGCGUUCGCAUCCACCGUGGCAUGGAGCAAGUCGCCGAAGACAUCGCGCGCUCCUUCAGCAACCUCCACCGCUGGGACAUGGAAGGUCCUGUCGAUAUGGGUGGCGGCGUUGAUGCUGUUCUUGACGCGUUCCUUGAAGAGGUCCUAGUACGGCUACAGCCUGCCCCAUCUCCACCAUCCUCUUAG